AUGGUGGCUGCCGACCGAGCUUCUGAACCCCCACAUGUCCAACCCUUAUCGGCGCAGCCAGCAAGCGAGCACACCCAAGAGGACCGCAUAGCGGCAGCCUUUGACCUUUUCUGGACACGGUGGCAGGCCAUACUGGCACAGAACCAAGCAGCCACCCAACUGCCCACCACCUCUCCUGCAAGUAUACCUGCGCUGAAAUGCAUAGCUAUGCCACCGACCAACACAAAGCGGCAGAGGGCAACAAGAGCUCUACCUAGAUUUAAAAAUCGCAGACCGAGCACCCAGCACCGCAAGUGCGAGUCCAGACGGGCUCGGAGAGCCACUAAAUGCGGACGGCCGCUCUACAUACUAAAAUGGUGCACUCGAUGGGCCUAUUCCCAGCCUACACCAGGCGAAGCCAAGAAAGCCUGUCAACGCCUUACCCACAUGCAGCGAUGCACAGCCGCAAACAGCACUCCGAAGGGCUGUGCCUCUGCAUCAAGGGGACAUACAAAGACCCACACUCACCAAACAGCACGGGGAGCGGAGAAGCUGCCACGCCACCAAGGCACUCAAGCAGGACCGGGAGGCAGCAGCGGAGUCCCUCUAACCUUCAUGACCCGCGACGCUGAGGCCCCAUGGAACUCUCCGGUAUGUGCCCGGCCAGUGCCGACUACAGGAGUCGGCUGA